AUCCCAAAUCGUUCGAAUUCUCUGUUCCUUUGUUCCCCCCGUCCUUGCUGCUUAUGAGUCCGGACUCCAAACUCGGUCUCGGUAGCCAUGGUAACAUCGAACCGCGACAUUUCUUCGUUGGCUGAUCGAACUACCGGAUUCCGACAUUGCUGUAGUGCUGCCUGAAACGAAGAGGAGGAAGAGAGAGCAAGCCAUAGGCGUCAGUUCAGUUCGACGUAUUCAGAUUUCAGAGAGUGAGAGAGAGGGGGGAAGGGUUGAAUGAUCAAUUUGCUCUGGUGAAGCAACAGAGAUGAGACGACAAGGACAAUAUGCUGAUUCUGGUGUCAAUUCAUAUGCUGCAGCACAGAUGCAGCAGAUGUCUGCACAAAGAAUGCAACAUAACCCUGCAAUGAAUCAUUUUCCUGGACGGCCAGAUGCUUUACCCAAAGAAGAAGAGCAUCCGUAUAUGUCUUCAAAAGCUGGGGGGCAAUGGCAAUGGGAUAGAGAUGGCCCAAAAGCAUCCGAUCCAAUGUCAUCACAUCUAUACAAUGAAGGUCAAGGGGAUGAUGCAUCUAGAUCUUUCUACCAGGGCCAGAGGUCAGACCCAAAACUGGGUUUAGAGAAACAAGCUAACAUAGACUCCAGAGGCCAGCUCCUUGAGCAAGAUAUGGAAGUUGGGUAUGAAGACAACCCUUUACCACAAACAUUUGAGGCACUUGAACAGAAAUUCAAUGAUGAAAUCAUGAAGUUAACCAAGGAACAAAAUGAUGCAGAAGAUGCAGAAAAUGCAAGGCAUAGAGAGAGAACAAGUGAGAUAAAUUCUCAAUAUCAGGAAAAAUUGACAUCACUUCGGGCCCGCCAUGCCAGUCGCAGAGAUGAGUUUCUUCGUAGAGAAUCACAAGCACGGCAGCAGCAGUAUCAGCAAGCAGGAAUGAGUCACUAUCAGAACAACACGGGCCCAAGCGACCCACAAGGGUAUGGUGGCUCUGUUGCCGCAGCUGGAGAACCACAUGGGUCCUAUGGAAUGGGUCAAUUCGACUCCUACAGAGAACGGGCCCAACUCCUUGGGGGUACCAGAGGUCAUGGAUUUGAGUCAAGGGGUCCUUAUCCUGGGGGUCGUGCUUACAACACUGGUGGUCGCUAUUACUGAUUAAUUUUGUUCUCCCCUUUCUGUUUAGCCGAGCUUCUCUGGGACUUCAGUGCCUCUGAUGAAAUAUAGGGACUUCUUUUCACUGUUCUUGAUUCAUCUGGUAAUUACAACUUCAGAAGCUGUUUUUAAUUUAGUUCCGCAUGUAUUUGCUCCUCUUACUGUUUACUGUAACCCCCCUCUCCUCCAUCCCUGCAUCUACAAAAGAAAAAAAAAUUAAAAAAAAGAAAGAAAAAGGCUGCAUUUUUUCUUGCUGUUUGAUCUGAAA